GUGUGUGGAAGUCUUUUACAUUUACUUCCGUGCUGGCAGAGUUGAAGAGCCCUAUGUCAGCAUCACGAAAAAGAGGCAGAUGCCCAAGGAUGGGUACUCGGAAGAAGUCGAGAAAGAAGUGGGCCAGGCUGAAGGCAAGCUGUGUACGCACAGGUCUGCAUUCAGCAGGGCAUCGGUGAUCCAGGCGUUCCUCGGCUCAGCGCCCCAGCUCACACUCCAGCUUUACAUCUGUGUUCUGCAGCAGGAGAUCACGGCUGCCAGAAGUACUUGUAUGGUCCUUUCUCUCCUGUCAAUUGUGUAUGGCGCCUUACGCUGCAACAUCCUAGCUAUUAAGAUUAAGUAUGAUGAUUAUGAUGUCAGCGUGAAACCAGCUGCCUACCUCUGCAUAUUCAUGUGGAGAAGCUUUGAGAUUGCUACGCGAGUUACGGUGUUGGUCCUUUUCAGUUCAGUCCUUCAAAUCUGGAUUCUCCCUGUUGUGCUCGUGAAUUUCUUUGGUUUUUUCUUCUACCCGUGGAUUCUCUUCUGGCACAGUAAGUCCCCAUUUCCCGAGAACAUAGAGAAGGCAUUGAGCAGGGUUGGUACUACCAUCGUUUUGUGCCUUCUCACCUUCCUGUACGCUGGCAUUAACAUGUUCUGCUGGUCGGCAGUACAGGUGAAGCUCAAUGAUCCCGACUUAAUUAACAAAUCCCAAAAUUGGUACCGCCUGACUGUGUAUUACAUGCUGCGAUUCAUUGAGAAUGCAUUCCUCCUGCUGAUGUGGUACAUCUAUAAGACUGAUAUCUAUCUGUAUGUCUGCGCCCCGUUAUUGGUCUUGCAGCUCCUGAUAGGUUACUGCAUGGCUGUCCUCUUCAUGUUGGUGUUCUACCAGUUCUGCCACCCAUGCAAAAAGCUUUUCUCAUCCAGCAUUUCUGAAGGCUUGUUGUCCUGUUUCAAGUUCCUUUGCUUUAUUUGCGAGCCUCCCAAAUCCACUGUACUGACAGACAAGGCAGAGGUGAAAUCUGAAAAUACUGAUGAAGCAUGGAGCAGUAGCAAGACAAUAGAUUCUCAAAAGGGGAAUCCUCAUCAAAGUGCUUCUUGCAACGCCUAAUACAACUGGAAGCAAGUAGGUGCCUUUGGAAGGUGGCAGAUCACCUCCCGGGAAUGUUUGAUAUCUUGGACAUUGUGUCUUGUGGAUGGGGUUUCUUUCUUGCAGGUGUAGCACUGCAUGAUGACUGACAAGACAACCUUUGUGGAAAACUUAGUGUAUGAGUAUGUGUAUCUGUGGGUGUUUGUGUACAGAGAGCAAUCAUUGUUUGUAGACUUCUAUUUCAGAGGUUUUUUGCACAUAGGUUUAUUAUCACAUGCUUAUUUUGAAAUCAUUAUAGGAGACAUCCUUCAAAAACUGACCUGAUGCUCAUUUUACUCAGGAAAUCUGAGGAUGGGAGGAAAUGCAUUUUAUUUCAGAUAGGAUGUCAUUAUGGCAUGCCACCCUAGCAUGGAAACAGAGCAUAGACCUGUGGUCUGCUUUGAUCAAAUUGCCAACUUUUUUAUACUCUAAUCCAUGUAAUAAGAUCAUACUUCUCUCUGUGGUAUAAGAAUUGGACUUCUGCAAUGCACUGUAGUCUAGGUUGCCAAGAAACAGCCAGUUAGCCAGCACUGAUACUGAAAUGUGACUGUUAGUGAGAAUGGACAGAGGGGUUAUUGGCUUUGCACUGUUUUAUCCUUCAUAUUUGCUGCUUGAUAGUAAGGGAAAUAAAUGUAACACA